AUGAUCAAGGCUCAGGGCAAUUCUUCUCGGAUGCACAUGCUCUAUAUGAGCUACCUCCAGUGCAAAGGCACCUGGAGCGAGUGCACCCUGACCGUUUCGGUGCGAAAGUCCAAUUCCAUCAAACAGGAGCAGAUAUGGGAAUGGUUUACGAGGACAGAGCUCAUCAACCAUCUGAAGUCCGAAGAACUUGCGGGCGAUCUCAUUGCCAGACACAAGGAAGCGGAGGGCAAGCUGCCAGCCCAUCUCAAAGGGAGGAACCCGGACUUUCCGGAUAGAGAGGAUUUGUGGCUCUACAAGGCCUUUGCUCGGGUGAAGGACAAGAAGAUCAAAGCCCAGUCGGCAGAGGCCGAAGGCAAGAUCCAAGCUGAUGCUGUCGAGAACGACAUCAUGGACUUAAUGGACAAAGAGUUGGAAGACAUCGAGAUGGGUGGCUCGAUGGGGCCAAAGAUCAAGAAGACCGUUAAGCCGAAGAAGCCAGGCUUGCGAAAGGCCUUGCUGGACGAUGGGCAGCCAGCCGUCGACGCCUUGCAAAUCGCAGUCGAUUCAGGGGAGGCAGAGCUCAAGGAUGCCGGAGAUGAGGAUGCCGAGCUUUACGAAGCGCGGGCCAAGGAUUUGUUGGUCGUGGUGGACUACUGCAAGAAGGAGGAUUCGAUGAUCAAGAAGAAUAAAAAGAAACCAGAGGGCGGAAAUGCUGAGCUCCGUGCCAACAGCCACGGCUCAUUUGCAGCAUCAGUGUUGGCCGAUGUGGGGCAUGGGAAGAAGACAGCUCGUGAGGCUGUUCGUGCAGCAAAGGCAGCAGUCCAGGAGUCUGGCAGCGAGAAUGUGUCAGCUGCAACCCGGGCUCUCGCAGAGAUGGGUGGCAACUCUCUGAAGAACUCCAGCCGGGACCUCUACAGGAAGUUUUGGGAGCACUUUCGCAAGUUGGGCGUCCCUUGGAGCUUGGAACACCCAGCGCGCGGGGAUGAGUUGCCGAUAUCAGUGACACUGCGACCCGUUCUUUUGAGAGCGGUCUGGUCCUUGAACCUGGCGCUGCAAGGGCGCCGGCCAGGCAACUCACGACCGCUGUCGAUGAAGUUUGCCACUUGUGAGAUCAAAGGAGACUGGAAAUUUUAUGUCGAAACAUUCGAACUUCGUCAGUGGUAUACCUGCAACAGAAUCUGCCACAGAUGCAAUGCAGCAAAUGUGGAAAACAAGGGCCCGCUUUUUAGCAACUUCGGGACUGCCUUCCGACAGAACGACACCAUGGCUUUCAUCAAUGAAGUGCUGCCAGACCAGCCAUCUCCAUUGGUUUUGUUGUCUGGCUUUCACGUGCGAUGGUUGAGGUGGUGCCUGAUGCACAACUGCAACCUGGGCUUGUUUCAAGUCGAAACAGCAGAAGCAUUGCUUCUUUUGGCAGAGACAGCAUGCCUCCACGACCCGAAUCUGACGAUGCAAGGAGCUUUAAAGCAAAGCUAUAAGGCUUUCAAAACUUGGUGCCGUGCCGAGAAGGUUUCAUGUACAGUGCGACCAUGGAAGAUCACACAGUUCCAUUUGGGCAAGGAUCCGCGAGAACCGACACAACACCCCUGGAUCAAUUUCAAAGCCUACAACGCCCGCUGUGUUUUGGCAUUCGUUGCAGCUGCUGUUGCACUUUCAGCUGACGAAUUUCUGCAACAGUUGGAGCAACUGCCGAACGAGCCACUUGAGAUGUGGAAAGCACGUGCGCGCUCUGGGUGCCGCCUGGCUGACUGGCAAAAUCGGCUCGAGAAAUAUGGUAGGUAUCUCAACAAGGAAGAAGCCCAUGAUCUGCAUGACAGAGGCUACAUGUUCUUGCAUGCUCACAAACAAGCCGCCGACGAUGCCACAAAACGUGGCCGACUACGCUUCACGAUUCUUCCGAAGUAUCAUGCAUACGAAGAGUCCUUGAAGGACAUUGUGGAGGAAUUCUACUCUCCACGCUUUUAUCAUAAUUUCGGUGAGGAAGACUACAAUGGCAUAUUGAAAAUUGCCUGCCGCCUCCAUGCCGGUGAUGGUAUGGAAAAGCAA